GUACGUUGAAGUUGUUGAAAAUUCCGCCAUUAUUAACAUGCUACCAGCGGAAGUCACCGUAUAAUCAAUUGAUAGCGGUAGCUACAUUUACACAAUCUUGAUCGGAGACGCUUAUGUGGCGGAGGUUUCAAGUCAAGCAUGGAACUCCCACUCACGACGAUUUAGAGUGGAUUUCGCACCGACUCGGAAAGUGGAGGGGACUCGGGCGUCGUCUCCAAAUUAGGGAAGCAACAUUGACGGAGAUUGAUGAUAAAUAUGGGAAUAUAAGUGAAAAAGGCUACAAAAUGUUACUACGUUGGAAACAGGAGAGGGGUUCCUCAGCUGCAACAUACAUGGUCCUUCAUGAUGCACUGUGUCAUCCAUUGGUUGAUCGCAGAGAUUUGGCUGAAGAACUUAGGGUAUAUUCGGAUUUGCCCCAAUUUACCACUGAUUCAACCCCCUUCUACAUAAAAGCGAGGGGAACAAUGGGACUAGAAGCAUACAGGAGAGCGCUGGAGACAGGCGAAACUUUCGAUAGACGAACCAAAAUUGUGUUGAUUGGUCAGGAUCGUGUUGGCAAAACAAGUCUGAGAAGAUACCUCAGAGGUGAAGCAUUUGAUAAAGAUGAAGCCAGCACUAAUGGGAUUGAAAUGAUUUCCCCCGUCAAGAACGCAGGAAAAGGGGCAUGGAGGAAUCCAGCCUUGCUUGAAAACACAAGUGCACUUGACCACAAAUGUGCAGAAUUCGUUGCACAGACGUUACUCAGUAGCUCUGGAGAACCUACAAGUGGAAAGGGGGCGACUCAAGAACGUUCAAACGACGACCUUGCUUCAAAAGAAGUCAUUAACAGAAAUGUUUUCCAGGAGGUCGAAAGUGAGCAAAAACCAGAAGAAGUACCCGAGAAUGUCCGUUACCUCUUAGAUUAUCGCUUCAAGGCAAAGGACACCUCCGACAAUGAGGAUAUAUGGCCCUUUAUUUGGGAUUUUGCUGGCCAGGCAGUAUACCAUGCCAUUCAUCCACUUUUCCUAUCGCAAGAAGCCAUAUAUGUCCUGGUGUCAGAUCUUACUAAGGAGUUAAGUGAUGUUGCCCUAUGUCGGAUAAGACCGGCUAAUCACGAUGAAAUAGAAGUAGACUCGCCUUACGUCCAGGAUACUAAUCUCGAUCACAUGAUGAGAUGGCUGGACUUGGUACAGUCUUUGAGACAGCCAGAGUUUCAGGGAAAGUCGGCAGAUACUAACCAAGUUUUGCCUCCUGUGGUGCUUGUGGGUACACAUGCUGAUGGCGUAAGGGAUCCUUGCAAGGAAAUGGAAUCUGUAAAUGAAACCAUUUGCAGCAUGGCUCAUUCAGAAACCUUAAAACAUAUUUCAAAAGAAUUAUUCUUCAUAGAUAACACAAAUCCAAACAGAGAAGACGACCCACAGAUCGUUUCUUUGCGUACGGAAUUAUUGAAUCUGGCUAGAAAAAUGCCAAAUUUCAACAAGGUAAUCCCUAUGCAGUGGCUCCGUGUGGAACAAAAAGUCGACGAUAUGGUGAAACAAGGGAUGCAUUAUGUUGGUAAGAAGCGUUUUGCAGAGGACAUUUCUGGAGGCAUUUGCCAGUUUAAUGACAAAGAUGACGUCGAAGAAUUGCUACACUUUUUACAAGCUCGUGGAAGAGUUAUCUACCAAGAUCUCCCUGAAAAUCCAGAUGGUUUGGUCGUGCUGGAUCCGCAGUGGUUAAUUAAAAUACUAUGUGAGAUAAUUACGGUGAGUCCACCAUGGAAAAACGACCCUGUUCUUCAGAAAGAUUACCAAGUCCUCGGAAGAAAGGGACUGCUUUCGCAGCAGUUGCUAAAUCAAGCGUUUGAACACCUUGAACUGAAUGAUAUAAAGGAUUCACUGAUUCAUAUCAUGGAAAGCUUUGAUGUUAUAUGCAACUCUAAGAACUGCAAGGGGAAAGAUUACCCUUAUUUUGUUCCAUGUAUGUUGGAAUCACCAAAGAAGAAUACGAGAGGCACAAACAUGCGCAAUGGCCCCUUGCCCGUAUUUCUCACAUUUAACACCAACUACGUUCCAUGCGGGCUGUUUUGCAGACUGUUUGUACAUUUUUGGGAGGAAUGGGCAUCACAAUUAUGCCGUGACUCCCGUAUGGCCCCUUCGUUGUUUUCAAACGCCUUCCUAUUCAAAGUCAGUGAAGUGUACCAGCUCACUCUAGAGUGUCACAAAACUGUGAUCAAGUUGAUAAUCUGGACACAGCAAGACUCAGAUGGAAUGGAAGAGAAACGAAUUUGCGAAAAAUUAUUGAGUCUUCUGGAGGGUUGCGGGACUAAGCUAAGCGUCACCUGUCCGUGGUUACGAUCAUCUACGAUGGAAUUGUAUGUGAAAUGCCAGUUGUGUGAGCCUUGUCCAGAUAAGUGUCGUGACGGAACCAAUAUUUGCAUAUUGCACAAAGAGAAAGGCUGCUCUCAUUUUGACUGUGGCCACUACAUUCCGUUAGGCAGCUCUGGUCUGAGUUGUGAACACUCCGUUGAUGCUGUUCCCGACUAUCCAAGAGAAAAACUGGAUCCUUGGGUUCAGGCUUUGAAAUCCAUUGAACGUAAGAAACGAACUGGUAGCCGAAAUGAAGAGUCGUCUCCGAGUGACGCCUUAACUUCAAAGAAAAGAAAAACUGGUUUCGCAGUCAAGCAAGGGGUUCCCAGUGACGGAGAUUUACUGUGGCUUUCGCACAAACUCGAAAAUUGGGAGGAACUCGGGCAUCUUCUCAAAAUUGAGGAGGCAACUUUAACGGAGAUUGACCAUGACUAUAGGAGAAAGCGUAAAAAAAUCUACAAAAUGUUACAACAUUGGAACCAGGCGAAUGGCGCAGCUGCAACGUACAUGGUCCUACAUGAUGCACUGUGUCAUCCAUUGGUUGGUCGCACAGAUUUAGCUGAGCAAUUUUGCUGUCAACCACAUGAAUGA